GAAUCUUAAUUGGCGUCUUCUGAGCUGUGCCCUUGCCGUGUUUGUUCUUGAGCUCCUUGUCCUUGAAGCCCCUUUGGGUUUAUUCUGGGCGAAGUAUCCGAUGUUUGUGCUACUGAAGGUGUUGGAUAAUGGACUUGUGGUGUAUGAUCGUUGAGCUGGGGUUCGGGAUUUCUUACCUGGAUUUUGGGCAAAGAAUCCCAAAAAUCAAGUUAGAAUUAUUGCGCACUGCCCCACCCUGCAAAACUGGUGUAUUUUUAUUUGAUAUGUAAUCGUGUGUUAUAGGAGCAGAGAUUAGCUGGUUUCGAUGCUGUCGGGAGAUUGGAGUUUUCAACUCAUUAGGCCUAUUUCAGUUGUCAAGAAUGGCGUUUUCUGUGAUUUAGGUAAUUCGUAGGAGCCCCUGCGUCCUUUUAUUCAAUGACCUGAUGGGUUUUUGCUCGUUAGUUAGGACGCCUUGGCCCUAAUUUAAGCUACUUGGAUGUAGAUAGCAAUGUGGCCGUGCGGCUUGCUCUUGUUCCGUUUUCAGUUAUCCUAGGCAAAUCGGUAAGUUAUCACAGAUAUUUGUAUCCUACACAACUACACUGUCUACACAUAACUUCAAUACAGGUACCUACUACCUAGAAGAGACGUUGGAGGUAGCUCAGAUAUCAAAUGCAUAGUUUGUAUUUUUAUGAUUGGUUGGAUUGCUACACCUGAGGAAUCUUCUUCUUCUUUUGGUUCCCCUUGUAUGGCUUGCACAAGUAAAUUGAAGCAAAUGAAGAACUAUCAAGUGUUCCAGUGGAGGUAUUGGGAGUUUAAAGAAAAAAAGGAUUGUAGAGGUUGUUGUUUUACCUCGUUUUCCUAACAAUGUUGAGGCAGAGCUCUAGUAGAAAUCAGAGAUCCAAAGGUCUGAAGCUGAAGAAAGCUCUUCAGAUUAGUCUCUUGCUUCUGGUUUCUGUUUGGUUGCUCUACCAAGUAAAGCAUUCUUAUGAGAAGAAGGCGUAUAGUGAAGAUGAAGCGAAUGAUUUGCAUAAAGAUGACAAAGACCAGCGAGAGGCAGUCAGAUUAGGCAGGAAGGAUCUGCCUCCAAAGAUGGAGGCUGAUUCUUCAACAUUGGAUGAACGGGUUGAGGAUGAAGAGAAUGAUGAAAUGGAGCAAGAAAUGAAGCAUGAUGAGAACGAUGAGGAUCCCAUCGAUGAGCAGGACCUGGAGAAGGAUGAAGAUCUUCCUGAGCCUGGUGAGCAUUCUUCUGAGAAGGAUGGAGAUGUGGGUGUGUUUGAGGAUGAAGAGCGGAAGGAGCGGUCGCAGGAGGAUCAAGAGAAGAGCUUCCAUGGUGACAAUGUUUCUAGUGCUGUUACUCACGACCCUCCAUCAUCUGAGCAAGAUGAGCUGUUCCAUCAUGCCCAAGAGAAGGUCUUAUUCGUGGAUGAUGCUUCAACUGCAGUGCCUAACGAAAAUCAUGAUGAGGCUGGAAGCAAGGAGGAGGAAGUGCGCAGGGCUAGGGAGAGGAGUUUCAGAGGCGAUGAUGUGUCAAGCUCUGUGGAUCAUGAUGCCAAGGUGGCAAAACCUCUCCCAGAGGAACAAUUGAACAGCAUGGAUAGGAUAUUUGAAGGCACCACAAACUUAUCUAAUGGAAUUUCAUUUCGAGCUCCUGGAAUAAAUGGAUCAUAUGCUACACCAACUAAUUCAUCCUCCCAGAAAAACACAGACAUUCCUAGCGAUGACAUCAAAAGCAAGACCCAUCCAUCUCCAGCAAAUUUGACCAGCAACCCUGAGCAAAAUAAUUCAACUUUGAAAGGUCAUCCAGAUCAACAAGUGAAUUCAACAGCAGUGCUGGGCAACCAAGUACAGCCUUUGACUAACCAGACAUCGUUGCUUGAGUUGGAUUCUCCUCCAAAUGGCACCUUGGCUCUGGUAACAGAUGUCCAAAAGUCCACAUCUGGGGCUGGAGAUGAUGGCAGCAGCAAUACCUCAUCCUCCACCCCUGUGGACAAGAAGACGGACGGCGAAGAUGGUCCCAAAGAAGAUGUGGAUGUGUCCACUAAAAUAAUGAACAAGGCAAUGAGUGAAGAUGAAGUCGUUCCAGAGUGAUAAGGAGAUCUCUCUUCUCAGCUUCUGGUGUAACCUGUAAGUUUGUAGGACUUGGUUUAUCUCCUAGACUUGGAGAUGCAAUGCAAGCAGGCUAUCUUGUUGCGACCAUUUUUUUGUAUAAGUUUGAUAGGUGUCUGCUUUGUAUUGCCUAAUUAGUAAGUAGCCCAUCAUAAUGAUCUGGGUCAAGUGAAGAACAAGAAGCAUGUACCCACAAAGAAAUAUAGCGAUUCUGCAGCUCUGAAGCUUUGCUGCUGGAAUCAAAUGCCAACUAGGCAGCUAUGAAUGAAAUGUCCAUCGCAGUCCACUUUUGUGUA